AGCAAUCCCCGGGAUGUUGUUUUGAUUAUUUUAUGAAUUUGUUAUACGCUUGACGGUGAUGCGUUACAUUACUAGAUUAGUUUUCACUGCUUGGUUUUAAAUGUGAGCAGACUAAAAUUUUUGUUUUAAUUAUAAACUAUUUGUCUCAAAGUGAUACUGGUAUAAAAAAUAGCUCAUAUUAUGUGAUGUUAUGAUGACCAAGUCUUCCUUGUCAUAAUUUAUUGUCACAAAAAUUCAUGACUGCCACACAAGAUAUGGCUCCCAGCAAAGCUGUGGAGAAUGUGAAGCCAGUAGAAGGACGACGGCAACCUAUCAUCCAUCCUUCAUCUGAUGCUCCUCUUUGCAAAAGCUGUCACCAACUAGACCUUCUUUUCUUUGAUCCCAGCUGCCCUGGCUGCAUGGAGAUUCUUCAAAAUCCAGGAACCUCUAUUCCACAAAUAUUUGCCAUUAUCCGUCAGUGGAUGCCUCAGACGCAGCAAAACAUAGAAAUGUUGGCGAAUGAGAUUUUGAAGCGUGGUGCCAAUGUGAAUGAUAGAGAUGGAUUAACAGACAUGACUCUACUUCAUUACGCAUGCAAAGCAGGUGCAAGUGGGGUAGGAGAUGUGACUGUAGCCACCAGGACUGUUGGGCUACUCCUUGAUAAAGGAGCUGAUAUACAUUUACGAUGUCGUUGGACUGAUAUGGCUGCUAUACACUAUGCUGCAUAUUUUGAUGUAGCAUCAGUAAUUGAGCUUCUUCUGAAAGCCAGCAAAGGUUUAGACAUCAAUAGCCCUUGCCGAGAGUUCGAAGGUGGCUCUCCCUUGCAUAUUGCUGCCACAAACCUCUGCACAGAAGCUGUUAAACUCUUAUUAGAACAUGAUGCAGAUGUCACUCUGAAAGAUUAUUCUGGACGUACUCCUUUAGAAUGCAUACCUGACUUCCCUUCUACCCAACAUACUCCUGACUUGCGUGAAGUGAUUAGCUCCCUACGCCAACUUCUUGAGGCAGCAACACCUAAGCACCUAGUUCAGGAGCAGCCACAGUAUGGAAGUAUUGGGGGCAAAGCUGUCCUGAAAGCUAUCGGAGUUCAAAUAGGAGACAAGGUCUUGGUUGGAGGAGCUAAGAUGGGGAUAUUAAGGUACUGUGGAGGUACACAAUUUGCUCAAGGCAUCUGGGCAGGAGUAGAAUUAGAAGAACCCCUUGGGAAGAAUGAUGGAACACUCAAAGGUGUCACUUACUUCAAAUGUGCCCAGAACCAUGGAAUAUUUGCUCCCAUCAAUAAAAUUUCAAAGUAUGAUUUCAAUCAUUCACGUAAUCGAUCACCAUGCAUCUCUAGGAAUUCUCCUCCUAGAAGCAUAUCAUUUUCUAGAGUAAAUGUAUCUCAUGUCACUUCCAAAAUUGAAACAGGUCUCUCUACAUUGCGAAGACAGAAUUCAGAUGAUUUUGCUGUUGGUGACAGAGUUCUAGUGUCUGGACAUCGAAAAGGUACCAUUCGUUUUGCUGGAGAGACAGAGUUUGCAUCAGGUUUUUGGUAUGGAAUUGAAUUAGAUAAACCCCAAGGAAAAAAUGAUGGUUCAAUAAAUGGUGUUCAGUAUUUCACCUGUUCGCCUGGAUAUGGACUAUUUGCACCACCUCAUCGCAUUAGCAGGCUUUUCAAGCAUUCCGAGGAAGAUUGCUCAGAUCAUGACUCUGCUGACCUAAGUCUGAUGAGCAAAAGCUCAACAGACGGUGAAAAUGGAAUUUUAAGUCCAAGUUCACCACGUUCCACACUCACUAGCCAAAGAUCAAUUAGGAAAAGUUCCAGGUUUUCUCAUCAACUUUCAAGCCCUUCCAAUUCCCAAAAAAGUUGCUGGCUCACAAUAGGCAUCAAUGUGUUUGUUAAUAAUGAAAUAGGUGUUGUUCGUUAUAUUGGCCCCGUGGACUUUGCUGAUGGAACUUGGUUGGGCAUAGAGCUUAGAGCACCCAAAGGCAAGAAUGACGGAACUGUGCAAGGGAAAAGUUACUUUUCCUGCCGCCCUAAUUAUGGAUUGCUUGUACGUCCCAAUCGAGUGACAGUGAGAGGUAUAAAUGGGGCAAAACUUUUAAACGAAUCAUCAUCCUGAUGAUAAUGAAAAUUGUGGCUGUUAUAUAUUUGUUAGAUUGAUUGCUUUGAAAGGUUAUGUUGAUUGUAAUUGUGGCAUGUUUGACACUUUCUUUCAUGGCAACAUUAAAUCAUCUUUGUUCAAUAUCAAAAUUUUUUUAAAUUAUAAAUGUUUGUUAUCUUCAUAAUUAAAUGUUCCUUGCUUACUGGACAUAUCAUGAUAAGAGGUAUAACUUUUUGUCCUAUAAGUUAUCUUACUACUUUAUUUAUCAGAUAUAUAUAUUAGGCACUUAAAAAAUGUUCAAACAACUUUUUUUUUAGUUGCGAUUAGAAUAAUCUCCAUGCCCAUCAAUUUGUUUUAAUAGUAUAAUUAUUUAUUUAAUAAGUAUUCACGGUUUAUUUUAUUUCACAAAUGAAGCUAGUGCUUUAUGAAUAAAAUUUUAAAAAAUCCAUUUAAUUAUUUAUAAUUUACUUCUCUUUGAUCAACAACAGUCUUUUUUUUAGAGCAUAAUUCUGCUUUAUAAUCAUUGCUUUUAAAAAUUUACCAUUUCCUUCAUAUUUAGUAAAUUUCAAUGUGAUGUUUAGUAUUUAAUACUUUUUCAUUAUGUUUUCAUUAUUUAGUUGGCAUGUGUAUGUUGCAUUUGAAUGCACUUUUUAAUUAUUAACCAUUCCAUGAAUUGUUUUAGUGAUUAUAGUUUUUGUUGCUUUUGGGAUUAUAUUCUGUGAUAUUGUUGUUCCCUGCUUGUAAAUUGCACUUUUACACUGUGACUUAUUUUUAUCUAUUAUUAUGUGCAAUCAUUUUAAAAUAUUGUCAGUAUAAACAAAAUCAAUCAUGUGAUUUUAUUUGUAACUAAAUUUUAUUUCAGUUUUAUGUUGCAAAAGGCUAUUCUACUUAAUAUUAUAAUAUGUAUAU